AUGUCUGUCGCUGCCUCGCUCUUCCUCCGUCAGGCUGCCACCAAAAGACCCUCUCUGCCCCCAGGUCCAAAGGGUCUCCCGCUGGUCGGCAAUAUUCUCGAUAUGCCCUCUGAUAAAGAGUGGCUCACUUUUGCCCAAUGGGGUGAAACUUGGGGUGAUAUUUGUUCCGUUACUGUCCUUGGUCAACCAGUUAUUAUCCUCAAUUCUGCAAAGGUUGCACGCGACAUGUUGGACAAGAAAAGCGCCAUCUACUCUGACAGACCCGUUCUCCAGAUGGGCGGUGAGCUUGUCGGCUGGAAAAAUACUAUGGUUCUUUUGCCCUACGGUGACCGCUUCCGCCGCUACAGGCGUCUUUUCCAUAGCUUGAUUGGGAGCCAGUCAGCAGUAAAGCGUUUCUACCCAGCCGGGGAGCUCGAAGCUCGGAGAUUCCUACGCCGCCUUCUCAUCAAGCCAGACGACUUGUCGGCUCAGGUCCGCAUAACGGCAGGCGCAGUGAUCCUCAGAAUAUCGCACGGAUAUGAGGUCAAAGAGUGUCAUGAUCCUUUCGUUGAAAUCGCCGACCUCGCUACAGAGCAGUUUUCUUUGUCCACCGCUCCCGGUGGGUUCCUGGUAGAUUUAAUUCCAGCUUUGCGUCAUGUUCCCAAAUGGUUCCCUGGAGCUGGAUUCCGCCGCAAGGCAGACCAGUGGUCUGCUACGCUCUCUGAGAUGGUCGAUGGACCCCACAAUUUCGUCAAGCAACAAAUGGCAUCUGGAACUGCUCAAGUUUCCUUCACCUCAACGCUAUUGGAAGGAAAGUGCCUCUCAGCUCAAGAAGAAUUUGACAUCAAAUGGAGCGCCGCCAGUUUGUACUCCGGCGCUGCUGAUACGACUGUUUCUAUGGUCAAUUCGUUUUUCCUAGCUUUAGCUCUGUAUCCAGAGGCUAUGAAGAAAGCUCAAUCAGAAAUUGAUACGGUCGUUGGAAACGAACGUUUGCCAAAUUUUGAAGAUCGGCCUAACCUCCCCUACAACAACGCCCUCUUUUUGGAAGUCUUGAGAUGGCAUACAGUCGUCCCCACUGCGGUCCCCCAUCGACUGAUGCAAGACGAUAUCCACGAAGGCUAUUUCAUUCCCAAGGGCGCUUUGGUCAUCCCUAAUAUCUGGAAAUUCGCGCAUGAUCCUAGAGUGUACAGCAACCCGUUCGAAUUCAACCCGGAGCGAUUUUUGCCCGCGAAAGGAAGGGUACCAGAGCCAGACCCACGGGAGUUCUGCUUUGGGUUUGGGCUUCACCUUGCAGACGCCUCCGUUUUUAUAUCUUGCGUCAUGUCCUUGGCAGUGUUCAAUGUGUCCAAAUGUGUUGAGAACGGUGUGGUCAUUGAACCCGUUCACGGGAACACAACUGGGACGAUAAGCCACCCAGAGCCAUUCAAGUGCAGUAUCAAACCGCGCUCAGAAAAGGCCGUCUCGCUCAUACUCGCAGAGCCAUAA